CCACGUCUCAGGCUGUGAAAACAACAGGCUGGCCAGGUUGGUUAUUCAUUAUCAAGAGCUAGAAUGUGCAGAGAGGUUCACUGCUGAUCACAGAGCAGGCACCCAUAUGGGACAAGAAAAAGAAUUAUCAGAAGCAAUACAACUUGGGAAGAGUCAACACUAAGAUUUUCUAAUGAUUCCUAAUUAUUUUUACAUUUUUUUUCUUUUGGCAGGACAAAAAGAUCAAUGAUUGUCUGUUGCUCCCAGAUUUUGGCCCAAACACUUUCUUUUUUUGUUUUCUUGAUCAGAAGAGGAAGCAAACAAUUCACCCACAUGCACUAUUGCACUUUAAUGCUCAGGUAUAAUUCCUGAGUCUGAAGCUGCUUGAAAGGAGCUCUCAUUGGGGCUCUGGAGAGAAAAGUUUCCAGCUGCAGCAAAAUUUAUUUAACCCUGUACCAAAGGAGGAAAAAUAUCCUGCAAAGAACUAAACGGAUGAUAAUGCAAAAGUAUGUAUAAAGGUAUUACCACUUGGAAAAGAAAGGAGACAUAAGGAGGAGAGAAGAAGCCACAAAGAAACAGAGGAGCAGCAUGGGGAACUUUUGCCGGAAACAUUGCACUUGGAUGCAGCGGUGUGCCCCUUGGCUCUUCCAAGAGAGUGAUGGCGGACAGGGAGAGAGAUAUAAGACGGGGAUGGGCCAAGAUAACCUGGGCUGGUCGGGAGAUGACUGCCAGACAGAGAAUACUUCUCAGAUAACGACAAAGAAAGAUGUGACUAGAAUUCCUUUGCCCAAGCCCAAGAACCACCACAAGUUUGUAGCACUAUUUGAUUAUCAGGGCCGCACUAAGGAGGACCUGAGCUUCCGAGCUGGAGAUAAACUCGAGGUGCUGGAUACAUCUCCAGAGGGCUGGUGGUAUGCUAGCCUCCUCCUGGACAGUGGAUCAACGCAGCCUGGACAGAAGCUCCGUGGCUACAUCCCUGCCAACUAUGUAGCUCCUGAUCAGAGCGUUGAGGCUGAACCAUGGUUUUUUGGACCAGUCUCACGAGCAGAUGCAGAGAAACAACUGUUGUGCCCUGAAAAUCAGGAAGGAGCUUUCCUAAUCCGAGAAAGCGAAAGUAAAAAAAGCCAAUUCUCCCUUUCAGUCUUUGAUGGAGCAGUUGUGAAACACUACAGGAUCCAACAGGAGGCUGGAGAAGGCUUUUUUCUUAGCAAAAAGAAUAUUUUUAAAACAUUGAAUGCUUUUGUUGACCACUACACCAAUAACAGCGAUGGCCUCUGUGUAAAGCUCAGGAAGCCCUGUAUAAAGAAAAAAGUUCCUGCUCCUUUCGAUUUGUCAUACAAAACUGCAGACCAGUGGGAGAUAGACCGAAAUUCUCUGAAACUGUUGAAAAAAUUAGGUUCUGGUCAAUUUGGUGAGGUGUGGGAAGGUCUCUGGACUAAUAUCACGCCAGUGGCAAUCAAAACAUUAAAACCAGGUUCAAUGGAUCCAAAGGACUUCCUGAGGGAGGCACAAAUAAUGAAGAACCUUAGACAUCCAAAGCUUAUUCAGCUCUAUGCGGUUUGCACUUUAGAGGAUCCAAUUUAUAUUAUUACUGAGCUGAUGAGACAUGGAAGUCUGCUAGAAUACCUCCAAAAUGAUGCAGGUUCACAAGUCCAUCUGCCUGAACAAAUAGACAUGGCAGCUCAGGUUGCCUCAGGUAUGGCUUACCUGGAAUCCCAGAACUAUAUCCACCGGGAUUUGGCGGCCAGGAAUGUCCUUGUGGGCGAACACAAUGUUUACAAAGUGGCAGAUUUUGGACUUGCAAGAGUUUUUAAGUUAGAAAAUGAAAAUGUAUAUGAAGCUAAACAUGAAACGAAACUCCCUGUGAAAUGGACAGCCCCUGAAGCGAUUCGCUGCAAUAAAUUCAGCAUUAAGUCUGAUGUGUGGUCAUUUGGAAUACUUCUCUUUGAAAUAAUCACCUAUGGGAAGAUGCCUUAUUCUGGUAUGAUGGGCUACCAAGUAAUCCAGAAGCUGGAUAAAGGAUACAGAAUCCCUCAGCCAGCUAACUGCCCAGAUAAGCUCUAUAACAUUAUGCUGGAGUGCUGGAAUGCAGAGCCCAAAGGACGGCCCACUUUUGAAACAUUGCACUGGAAACUGGAAGAUUAUGAUAUGGACUCUACAUCCUAUAUUGAUGCAAAUGCUUUUGUAAAUUGAGUGUUGUGGCAGAGACUGAAGAAAAUCAAAUGAUCAGUUAAAUAAAUAUGGUAUAAAGGGUAACCGUGAAAUAAAUUUCACCUCAAAAUAUGGGGGAGGAGAGGUUUAAAUUAUUAGAUGAAACUAAGGAAUUUUAUAAAUUGCCAAGGCUAUGGUGAUGCUCCAGGACACUAGAAAUUUUAAUGUCAGCCAUUGUCUUGCAAAAUUAAGAAAACUGAAAUGAGGGGGCUUUAUUGUUUUUUU